ACAAUCGUGCAACGUCUAGUAAACAUACAACAUCGAAGAUAUCAGUAUGUAACAGGUUGUUUCGAUGAUCUAGGUUUGUAUUUUGUAAAAAGCUCGGGUAAGUCAUCUGGUGUUAAACGGCACGUGAACAGGCGCGAUCAUGAGACCACUCAUCACCAAAACAAAAAAGCGACGAUGUGAUUAAUUGUCAAAAUGACUGUCUGGCUGUUGAGUUCUUGUAGCGCAAGGUUUGAAUACGCAUUCCACUGUCACCUUUCACACUCCGCAUCCAUUGUAUAUUCCACAGCCUAGCAUCAUGAAAGAAGAAGCAGAAAAAGCCGUAGAGACAGCAAAAGGGCUACUCCAAGACUUUGUAGUCGUGGUUUCCCUCGUGCGGACCUUGACGGAAUCUUUCGGUUCUGCCAGUGAUCUAUACCGCAAGCUCAAGCGUAGAUCUGGUAAGAAAGAUAGCGACGAUGAGGAAGAUGAGUAUCAUACUCUGAGGCCAUGGCAUAGGCGUCGUCGCGACUCCAUGUUUGGCUCGGAAAAGAGGAAAGGCGACUACAGUGACAGCGAAGAAGAGCUCAUAUGCACCUCUUCUUCCCAGAUCCGAGCCGAGUACGAACGUGGGUAUCGGAAGCUAGGCGAGCCGUUCGCGCGUGGCGAUGUUACAACGCAUACGCAGCUCCAGUCUCAGAUUAUAAAGCUUCAGCAGACGGUCAUCAACAUCCAACAGGAUCUGCUACUAAGCACAUAUAUGGCGCCGUCAUCUUCGCACUCGCACCUUGUCCGUCUGAUUCAGACGGCUCGUACGGCGCGCGCAGCCUCCAUCGCUUCGUUGAACAUGCAGUACGAACGAAUGCUGCCACCACUUCCAUCACCGCUAUUACCUCGACAACCCGACGCACCUUUAAGAGUCCCUGGCGCAUUUCCACUACCCGACCACCCGCGACCACCGUCAAGGCCACUGCGACACAAAAAGCGCAUGAACAGCAGCUCUAGCUCCUCAUGCGAGUCAAAGGAGGUUCUUAUCAAACCGAUACCAAUCGUGAAGCCCAAACCAAAGCCCACGCCUAUACCUCCACCCCCUCCCCCACCUCAGCCUCAGCCUCCAUCUUCACGAUACAGCACGAGGCUAUUCUGCAUCUACGCCAAAGACCUCCAACAUAACUCCCGUCUCCACCUCGCCGAUACCUACCGACCCACUGGCGACCACAAGUGUCCUUUCUGUCGCACACAUGUUCCCAUCCAACCCGGAAAAGCCUGGGAGCUCGUCGUCGAUGGCUACAAGAAGAAAGACGAACACAGUCAUUUCAAGAUGGCACCUCGAACGUUUCGCAUCAAGAACCGAUUUAUUGUCAAGAGCCAUAGAGAAGGUGGGGGCUUUGCAUGUGUGCUUUGCGCAAGAUUUAGGGAGUCGGAUACCGUGUGUAGGGGUAUUGAGGCGUUGAUGGAUCAUCUUUGGAGGGAGCAUACGAGUUAUGAGUUGGAGAUGGAUGCGGAUAUUGUGGAGGUGUAGAGGGGUGUUUGAUGUUGUUUUUGGUGUUUUAAUGAUUGGCGUUGGUGAUACCCCUUAGUAAUUAUCUUUUGCGUCGAACUUUCAUUUGAUACUUUUGCAAUAUAAUCAUGAAUACUAU